GCUACAGGAGAUUUUCAGGAAAAAAAAUGAGAAGAGAGAAAGAAAAGGAGAUGAAGAAAAACGUACAAUGUUGCGUAUUCAACUUUAUGGAUAUCAUACUCCUACUAACAGUGUUCUUAAAACAGAAGGAGAGGACCUUGUCCCCAGAAGCUACUGGGAUACUUUGAGACGUAGCACAAGCCAAGCUCUCUUUUCAGACCUUGCGGAGCGUACUGAUGAUAUUGCAAGUUCACUGUCAGAUACAACACUGCUUGUACACUUUUUUGGCAAGAAAGGAAAAGCUGAACUGAACUUCGAAGAUUUUUAUAGAUUUAUGGAUAACCUACAAACUGAAGUUUUAGAAAUAGAAUUCCUUUCCUAUUCUAACGGGAUGAACACUAUCAGUGAGGAAGAUUUUGCACAUAUUCUUUUGAGAUAUACCAAUGUAGAAAAUACAUCAAGUUACUUGGAAAACAUGCGCUGCAGGAUUCCUGAAGAAAAGGGUAUCACCUUUGAUGAAUUUAGAUCAUUUUUCCAGUUCUUGAACAACCUAGAAGACUUUACAAUUGCAAUGCAAAUGUAUAAUUUUGCAAGUCGUUCCAUAGGUCAAGAUGAAUUCAAGCGUGCUGUUUAUGUAGCCACAGGUGUAAAGCUUUCACCACAUUUGGUGAACACAGUAUUCAAGAUUUUUGAUGUCGACAGAGAUGACCAAUUGAGUUACAAAGAGUUUAUCGGCAUUAUGAAAGAUAGACUUAAUCGAGGGUUUAGGGAGAGUCCCAAGUAUGGUUGGAAGGAAUAUUACUCUUGUGUGAUGACUGUAACCAGUGAACAUCUCAGAGAUCUAUGGAAACAAUUUCGGAGACGAGAUAUGCUGAGAUAGAGAAAGCAGGAUUAUGUGCCCUGGUUAGAACUAUAUUUAUUCCUAUAAACUCUGGUUGAAGAACAGGCUAACGCACGUAGAUCGUGAAUCUUCCAGUUGCAGUAGAAAGCAAAGGACUGCUUCUCCACUAAAAGUAUAGAAUUCGUACAACCACUUUUCAGUAUGUAUUUCAUUUAAAUGACAAGCUGUAUUCUGAUUGGCACAAGUCUUUUUCAUAAGAAUGCAUUUUGAAUAUUUGUUGUUAUUUUGAGAUAUGUUUCUCACAUAAAGGAAAACAAAAAUAAGUAUUACCCCCGACUUAGCAAACAUUUCUGCAGUGGAGAGAAACUGCCUAUAUCAACUUACACUGUGAAUUUGCUUUCAGAAGAACACUACUAGAUGUUUGUGCUAAAUUGGGAAUUAAAAUGUUUUAUGUCGCAAAUUACAUAUGAAUUGAAUGUAUAAACUACUCUUGGAAGUUAACAAAGCUGUUAUGGUAAAAUUAUUGAUUAUAAUGUGAAAGAUAGGUAUUUACCUAAGAGAGGUACUGUAUGAACUAUAAUGUUCAGAUUUUCUAAGUCUUAUUAUUAUCUUUAUUAAUCUAAUCCUUUAAAAAUUGUACUGAUUUUAAGAUGUCUUAUGCGUAGUAUGUUGAAAGGAAGUAAAAAUAUUCAAAUUCCUAUUAAGUAGCACACCUUAUAAUAUUUAUUAUAAACCUUAUUUCCAUGUGUAUAUUCACUUACAUAUUUCUGGUAGAGUAAAAUUGUGUUUCUUGUGAAUAGUGCACUUUUAUAUGAAGACGUGGCAUUGAGUAGAAAUUAUAGUUGUCUAAUUCACUACUCUGGAAUGCAGCAUCUGAGAAAUAAACAACUCGUGUUUGUGCCAAAUUAAAAAGCAAAACAAAAUAUGAGUGCAUGCAGCAGCACAGAGCAAUACUUACUAAUAUUUAAAUAUUUCAGAUCAAAUACUAGAUAUAAAUUAGGCCGUACUAAGGUGAUGGAGACUACAGGCAGUCAGUAGCCACCUUACCUUUCAUGCCCUGUAUGUUUAGAUAAUAAUGAAAUAGUCAUAAAAACAUUGUUACAUUUGGGUUUUCCUUUUAAUUUUUUUCUUUGCUACUCUGCAGCAGUAUUUUUUCCUUACUCCCUUUCAAGGUGACUAUUAUAAAGAAAAAUGAACACAAUUUUUAUAUUGUUAUUGAAAAGGUGGGCUGGAUGCUAAAUACAUCUAUAUUUGUAUAGAAACAAUCUAUGCCUAGAAAUAUUUCAAACUGAACACACUGUGGGGAACCUGCUUUAGCAUGGGGCUUAGACUCAAUGAUGAUCUCCAGGGAUCCUUCCAACCUCUACAGUUUGUGAAAUCUUUUAUUACUCCAAAUGAUUAUAAGCAAACUUUUUGAAAUUAUGUUUAGUGCACAUCGUUCAAAUAUCAUCUUAUAUCACAUGCAAA